AUGGCUGCUUUCUGGGAGAGGAUGGGUGUUGAUCUCGAUACUGGGCCAAGUAUUGAACAGAUAACAAAAGCAUUUUACAGAUACGACGAGUGGUCUCGGGAUGAUCGCAAGCGGCUGGGAUACCUUGCCAUCUACGCAGGAUACAUUGAAGGGAAAAAGUUCUUAACCGCUACACCGGCUAGUCUUGCAAGGCUAGUGAUGGAUUUAGAAAAAUUUGAGAAUUGUCCAUGGGGGAGAGUGGCGUUUAAGGUGCUGAUGGAUUCUCUGAAGGCAAAAGACUUGACGGAAACAGGUUACACUGUUGAUGGGUUUAUACAAGUCCUCCAAGUGUGGGCGUACUAUGCUAUGCCAGAAUUGGGUGCUAAUUAUGGGUCUCCCGUACCAGACAGACCAUCUCCACUGUUGCUUGCUUACAAGGGUGGCCAAGGACGACGCAGAUGUUUUAAGUCGGGUAUCAACAGACAGAUUAAUGUGAACAACUUUGUUCAGAAGGAUGAACUUCGUUCAGAAGGAUUUUGA